GACAUUACAGUGCAUGUUUCCGAAUGUAAUUAACAAUUCUCUCAGAUUAGCAAGUGGUAGUAGUCCGUUUCGCGUUGUUAAAUAUUUAUUAGAAAAGUUUAAUAUUCUACAGAUACGUUGCUCUUAUAGAAAUAUAAUAUGUACAAAUGUGUCAUUUGCACGCGAGAAUUUUUUAUAAGAAGGUGUGAGUGCGUGCGCGAUUGACAGAUAAAAAAAAAGUCAGAUAAUACACCUGCGAAAAAUCAUUGUUGUCUUAUUUUAUGAAAACUGUGCGAUGUGAACAAUUGUUGUAACAGCAAUUGUUGUAACAAUUUUGCCGAGUAUCACAAAAGACAUACAAUAUGACGUGAUGCAUACAUUGAACAAACAGGAAUCCGUUGAAGAAAAAUUAUCUGACUCAGAGACCAACUUUUGCACCACCACUUCUAUCGUACACAGAAGAUAACCAGUUAGAUCUUGUUGUUCAAAGACUCAUCUAUGUUGAGGAUACAAUAAGAAAAUUAACCAAGGAGAUGAAAAAGUACAUAGGAGCUCUGGAAAAUUUGGAUAGAGCCGAUCAGCGACUAAGCACGAACUUAAUUAAUUGUGGAUUGGCGCAGAAUAACGACGAGUACAGAAAAAUAGUGGAAGAAUACUCUUCCGUCGCUGUACAAGUGGGAAAGAACAUUCACGAAAUGACCGGUUUGUGCUACAAAACGUUUAUAGAACCGUUGAAGAAAUUUAGAGGUGAAUUCGCCAUCAUCGCCGCGGCGGUGGCAAAACGAGAAGAACUGGCGACCACGUGGAGAUACUUGUACAAUCGCGUGAAGAAACUGCAAGAAAAGAAGGACAGGACCGCGAGUCACAUCGCGAAGCUUGAGAGAGAACGUAGAGCGGAGGAAGCGGCUGCCAAAGAGCUUAAGACUGUACACGCCCAAUUACUCAAGGAAUUGCCAAUGUUCUUGGAAAAAAGAUUAGAAUACAUUAAUCCGAGCAUUCACGCGAUGAUUAUGAUACAGUUAAAUUAUUACGGACACGCGACGCAGUUGUACACGUUGUUGAUGCCUGUGCAAUACUCGGAAUGCAACGCGUCGAGUACAACGUUGCCCGAGGAAGAGUAUCAACGAACCAUAAACACCGAACUGAAUAGAUUGAGGUCGCUUACUAUAGUAAAAGAUAGUUAAGACACGUUUGUAUUUCUCUAGAAAUUUCUUGAAAUAUUUAUAAACAUUUGACAACACAUAAAACAUGCAUAUCACAAGAGAGAAUGUUUUUCAGAUAAAAAUAUAUUCGUUAUUUUUUUUUUUCAAUGAGAACAUAUAGUAAUAUAAGCGAUGAGCGUUGUUAUGUGUU